AUGGAGUCUGAGAUACUCACCCGUGGGUUGCUCUACCUAUCUCUAACACUGUUGGGUGUCCCUGGUAACAGCAUAGUUAUCUGGGCAUUUGUACGACUGGCUUACCAGGAGCGCCAUCUCUUGCCAGCUGAUGCCAUCGUGUUGCACCUAGCUUCUGCCAACCUGAUAGUGGUGGGGGUGCGUUGCCUUCUGGAAAGCCUUGCCACCUUCCAGCUAUCUGACGUCUUUAGCGACACUGGGUGUAAGGCGGUAAUAUUUCUCUAUCGUACAUCUCGGUCACUCUCCAUUUGGCUGACGUUUGUGCUCAGUGCUUAUCAGUGCCUGAGCACUGCUGCUCCAGGGUCACGCUGGGCUGCUGUCCGUGCCCUCGCUGCCAGGAACCUGGGUUGCAUCUUUCUAGUGCUGUGGCUCAUCAACACAUCCAUGAGCUCAGCAGCUGUCCUUUUUUCUUUAAGUUCAAGAAACAACUCAAGCCUUAUGCAGCAUGGCAUUAAUGUGGAGUUCUGCUUUGUGCGCUUUCCUUCAAAGCUCUCACGUGAUGCCAACGGAGCAGCCCAGGUGAGCAGAGAUGUGUUGCCCAUGGCACUCAUGACCACAGCCAGUUUAAUUAUUUUGUUUUUCCUCUACCAUCAUACACAUCAAGUCAAAAGUGUCCAUAAGAGCACAUGCAACAGGGGAGGAAGCCUUUCCUCAGAGCGAAGGGCAGCUAUUACAGUGGUAACUUUGGUGACAUUGUAUGUGAUAUUCUAUGGUGUGGACAAUGGUUUGUGGGUGUACACACUCACAGUAAAGGAAACUAUGAGUUCAUCAGUGGUGUCAGACUUGCGUGUUUUUUUCUCAUCACUGUAUGCUGCCGUUAGCCCCUUUGUCAUCAUUGUCUCUAACAAGAAAGUCAAGAAACUUCUGAAAUGUGAGCUUGAAGAGAAGCUUCUGCUAAACACAGAGACGGCUCUUUCCUCUGUAUAA